ACACUGGCUUGUUGGGGAUGACGACUAAAACGCUGCAUUGGCCCUUAAUGCUGCUUGACCAACAGACAUGUGUUCUUGCAUGGCAUGCAUACUGAGAAUGACUCUACAGUCUGUCUCUUCCUCCUCAGGGAUCUGUCCUAAGGGGAGUAAAAAAGGCCACAAACCUUUUUUUGCGAACUGUGACUUGCGUCUGCUCUCUUCAUGUAUGAAUGUUGUGGUUGUUUUGUAUGUCACUGAUUCAAUGUAAACUGUGUCCACCUGAUGGGUUAUUUUGUGCGGAAUAUACGUUUUUAAUGUCUUUGUGAUUGUUGUACGAGGGUCAAUUUGAAAUUGUCCCUCCCCUUAUUGUAAAUGUGCUUAUUAUUUAAUGUGAACUCAUCAAUCAGUCAGUCUGUGUGCGUGUAUCAGUGUGAGCGUCUUCAUGUGUGUUUUAAGUUCUAUAGGCUACUGUAAGUGUUUUGUGUCCUCCAUAUACGUGUGUAUCAGUGUUUAAGUGUAUGGACAAAAUGAGUAUAUUUCCUUUACAUGUAUUUUUACAUGAGCUUCACUGCUUUGUUUUUCUUCCAAUCAGGGGGGUCAGGCAAACAUGUUUCAUAUUUCACACUCACCCAUUCUCUUAAUUUCUUUCUUUCACCAUCAUUGCCUCAUCUUCUCACAUGGAGAGAGAGAGGACUGACAAACUCUUGCAUUAUCUAAUCCAUGGCAAAAAAAAAUGUCAUGUUGUAGUUUGUGUGGUGUCACCAAAAACAGACUCCUAACUCAAUAGAGAUCUUAAUAUAUUUUCAUAGCUUGUGUGCAAUUUCAUAAACACACAGACUAAAACCAAAUGCAUGUUAUCAAUUUGCACCUGAUCCUGCACCUAAUUUACUUUUAAGAGAAAUGUGUGCAUAGUACUACAGUUGUUGGUUUUCUUCAUCUGCAAGUAAUUCAUAAAGUAGUGAGUAGGCUUGUUUGAGGAACGUGAGAUCAGUUGUUUUCAGUUCAUUGUAAUUAUAUUUUAAUUACAUUAUUUAAGCUAUAAAUGUGUUUGCUGCAGUUUACUGUAUAAAACUCAGAUUGAAUGCAGCAUUUAAAGAGUAGCCAAAGGGCAAACAAGAGUUUGUGAUUGGGGUCCAUAAUCUUUAAAGGAACCUAACUGUAGUAGCUUCUGUUGUGGCCCAAAGAAACAAGGAAUGAUUGUUUUAAACAUAUAUCAAACUCUUUAAUCUUUAUCUUGUGUGUUCUGGUAGUACAAUGCGAUAUUCUGUCAGCAAUGGAUGUCAAAAGACAAAAAGAGUCAAUGUCAGUGCUGUUUUUGCAGCGGAAUUUUUAUCUUUUAACUUCGUAAGACAAAGCACUAAACACAAAUAAUAUAUAUAUAUAUACAUAUAAAUAUAUAUUUAUGAUUACUAGUUUCUAUAGACAACCGACAGGCAGGCUGAGAAUAGGACAAGAGGUCCUUCUGGCCGCUUGGUGUCACAAAUAUCUCCUGCACUCUCAGCAGUACUCAACAGCAGCACUGCCAACCAUGAUUCAAGUUUCACCCCGCAGCUCUGCACAGCUUCCUCAUCACUAUAGAGAAUACACAUACACAUCUCUCGCGCGCUCUCUUGCUCUCUCAUGCAGAAGGUGAACCGCCUCCUCUUCUUGCUCUUAUCUACAUACUGUAUGCCCUGCACUACAUCUCCUAUGUCAUCGUCUGCUGUACUUCCUGGUAACGCAUCGUGUAGUGUUACAGUCAUAGUGCCAAUCACACUUUGCUUUACCUACAUUACCAUUCAUCAAAAUGUUUACAUAAACUAAUUGCCAUUUUCAGAGUAAUACAUUUAGUAUUAUUAAAGCCAGGCAUAUUCUAUAUAUAGUAAAAGUGCAUUCUCCAUAGUUUUUUACUGGAUCUUUCUUUCGUUUUGUGCAAUAUAAAGUUAUUAUCUCCAUAAAAAAAAACCAUUCCUGCUGCUGUGACAUUGUGCCCUAUCAUGCCAGGUCUGCAUUUACAAAAACAAAUAUUGUUACGAAGGGUGUUCAAGACAGUUGAAGGAGUGACCUGAGUCCACAGCACAUUAACAAUGUGCAGUUUUACUAAUUGAUAUAAUUGCACUUGAAAUACUCAUUCAAAUCUAUGUUUGAGGCAGCAAAUAUGUGACUUUCACAUCAGAAGGAAAAUCAAGUCUACUGUAUAUGUGUCUGCAUAAAUAUCAGCAGUACUAUAGGUUUUAUGUUUAUAUAGCUGUGUUAUAUUAAAUGCAUUAUAAUAAAUGUGUCAAUAAGAGAGCAAGCAGCUGUGUGGAGUGAGCUGAUGUGUGUGUGCACUUGUGUGUGAGGAGAGAAUGAGAUUGCCUGCGUGCAUGCUAUCCAGCCUGACAAUGAUAUUAACCUGCCUGUUUUUUUGAGUGGGUUUGAAUGCAUGCAUAUCUGAGUGUGGGUGUAUGCGUGUGAUCGUAUGAAGUAGAGAGUGAGAGAGUGUGUUUAUGGCAUGUGUAUGUGUGUCAAAGUGUGUCCCUGCUGGACAGGUGUGUGUCCCAGCCCCAGGUUAGGGGCAGAGGCAUUAUUUCCUGACAGCUUCCUGCAGGUGGCAGCCAGCAGAGCAGCAUCAGUCACUGCUGGGUCCAAACCAAAGUGUCAGUCUCUCAGUCCGUCCGGCUGUGUCUGCUGCUGCUGCCGCUGCUGCUCUCACAGUCAGCGCUGGCUGAUCGAGCUUGACAAACCCUCUUCUAAAAGCUGCCCUUGCUCUCUUGUCCUAAGCUCCUUGCACCUUUAUUCUAGCUCCUAUUGUCUUGGCCCUCCCCUCUCUCCUUCCCACUUUUCUCCCAUUUGUCCCUUCAGCCUCCUCUAGCCCCCCCCCCCCCCCCUAGAUGCCCAGCUCCUGGGCAGGGGCACUUACCCCCUCCCAGGGCCCCGGUGCUGUGGGGGUGAGGUGGGGAGCGAGGCGGGGGGCCGGGUGUCAGUGUGCCUCUCUCUGUCUCGCUCCAGGUUAUGGGCUCGCGCAGGAAGAGCUUCUCUCACCGGCCUCCAUGCAGUACAGCCUACCCUCCCCGCUGGGCGCUGAGCCUUACUGGCAGGAAGUCUCCAGUCUGGACUGUGCACCUAUUGCCACCACAGAAGAAGACACCCUCAUGGAGAUGUCUGAUGUGCAGGUGUGGCCCUCAGGCAACAGCCCGUCCCUGGUGCCUGUGGAGGACUCCUCGCUGGAGUGCAGCAAUGCUGACGAUUCAGAAGGUCUUCUGGGGCUGCCGUAUGGAAGUCUAGGUCGGCCGGCUAGUCAGGCCAGCGCAGCCAGCGGCGGGGGUGGGGUGCUGAGUGGCUCCAUUGAGCUGCCCGAAGAUGAUUCAGAGAUGGGCGUUGACUCGCUCAGCACUGCCACGCCAGCCUCACUUGGGGGCACCCUCGCUGGGAUCAAUCUUAACGGGCUGAACAAUUGUCAGGGGUCAGAGGCAAGUUUGGAGGUAUCAGCAGUCAACAGUACGGCUGGUGGAGAUGGAGCUGGAAGAGGAGGAGGAGGAAGAGGAGGAGGAGGGACGGGCUCAGAGGAAGGGCUUUCUCUUGUUGCAGGACAGCAAAGGGUGUAUGCUCGGCUGAGUCAGUCACCUGGUCUGAGCUGUGUUGCAGACCGGAAUGGAGACAGGUCAGGUAGUGGUGGAAACGGAGGUGGUGGAGGCUCUUUCCUUUCCUACCUGCAGGAACAGACAGGCCCGGGUUGGAUCCCUGUCACUGACCCUACACAGGCCUGGGUGGGCAGUCAACCCAAACCCAGGCAGGCCAUGGACACCAUGAUAUCAUCAGUAUGUAACGCUGUGGAUGGAGACCAGUCACACGUGUCCCAGGAAGCCUUACUUCAGCCUGUAAGGGACAUGGGGCACUCAGAGAUCUUACGUGGGCACUUCAGAGGUACCCAGCCAUUUGAGAAGGGUUUGGGCUUCCCGCACAGGGUACCAGAGCUGAGGGCCUGGGACGACGUGCGCCUGAAGGGCCAGGGCGAUGAGGUUGAAGAUCUUCCUGGGGAGCAUGUAAGCGAGGAGCAGUUCACGGAUGAACAUGGAAACAUUGUCACAAAAAAGAUUGUGCGUAAGGUUGUGCGCAGAGGGAAGGGUUCAGUUGAGGAGGGGGUUCAGGAGGUGAGCCUGGAGGGUUCUCUGCAGGACGACAACGAACUGGAGGUUGAUGCAGAGCAGUUCAUGAGCUACGCCAUCCUGGGCCGGGACAGCAGCAAGCCCGAUACUGUGGAUGUGAAGAAAGGUGCUCAGAUAGUGAAAUGUGCCAGUCUGCGGAGAGUUAAGCAGUGAGCAGACUGAGUGCUGCGUCCCCGCAGAGUUCUCCACAAGAUUCAACCCCUUCACCAAACCCAUCCUACAUGGACACAUGACCAGCAGCAGCUGACAGGAGGAAGAACACACAUAAAAAGGAAGAACAGACAGAAAUGAACGGCAACGCCACAACCAUAGCGGCUAUGCCGACUAUCAGCACGCACCGGAAGAGAUGGAUACAGAUUUACUCGUAGUUUUUAUUACCUUUUUUUUUUUUAAAGAAACUGUUGGGGAAAAAAAACAUCUACUACUAGGCUAGAAGCAUGAUUUCAUAUAAAACAAAAAACAACCACAAACAAACAAAAAAAACUAGCAACCAAAAUGUGCUUCCUGUUAUCUGUAUCAGCAUGAGUGACUGCUGCUGCAUGGCCUGUCUUUAACUACAAAUACUGAGGGAAUAUAAGGGUGGGGAGGGAUGGGGAGGACACACUGCUGUAUGGGACAGGCAUGCAAUGUAGGGUAUGGGCAAUAACUGGCCCGUUUUCUAAACCGACAGGGGAAAGGUUUAUCAGUCAAACUUAAGUAAAGGGGAGAAUAAAAUACUGAGAAUUACAUAAUCUCUAGGCAACAGGUUACUCCCCCUCCUCCCUGCCACACUCUUCCAGCUAAGAGCAUCACAAACUAGUUUUAAUCCUGUCCCAGUGCUCUCAAAGUCCACUAAAGCUACAAUUAUCACCCAAGGAUAUCAGUGUUGUACAUAAUAUCGUAUGCACUAAAAUGCUCUACGUGACUGUGUGCUACGUGUGUUGUUUAUGUUAUAAGAUCCCUACGCGAUGCCACUGAUGCUGCUGUUUCAGGUACAUAAGAAAUUCCUCCCCUGUUUUUCUUGUUUGGUUCAAUCGGUCUGAACCUAUAUAUUAUUCUAUAUAUCUUUGUGGGUACAAGAACAUGCAAAUGUUGUGUCGCUAUGCCUGUUUUUAAACGUCAGAUUUUUGUGUGUCGGGUUGUUUGUUUCUUUGUGCUUUUCAUGUGCUUUCACUCUUUGCUUUUGACAUGUCAAACUGUAGAGGGAAGACAUACUGUAAGUCGUUUACUGUACUGUAGGGUUUUUAAGCUUUGGGAGGUAGGUUUGUCCCGUAAACCUGCCCCCCUGACCUUCCCUCAGAGUGGUUUGCCUUGUGGAGAGGGUGACAAAGAGAUGAGUGACAGAUUAACCUACUCUACCGUCCUACUCCUCUGCCUUUUCUUGUCCCCAGUGUGCCGUAUAUCAGUGUGAGGUUUCUGUUAAUCAGGUGUCUGUCUGAGCCAAAAUCACAAUACCCUCACCCUCAAUCUCGCCCUUGUUGCCCUACCUCUCCCCCCCCCUCACUCCUCCAGUCAGCCUCUCAGAGUAGAUGUAGCAGUCCUGUCCACCUCCAACAGGGGGCAGGAUCUCACAUUCAGCUCGUAGCAGUGUCUGUUUGACCUCAUCAUGCAGUAUAUGACACCACCACACAUAAGGUGCACUUAUAGACCAUCUCACCACCACCAGAAGAUGUCCCCUUGAUGAGAGUAGUCACUGAAAUGCUGGUAAUAAUGUAGCACUGGAUUGACUGGGUAAAAGAUGAAGAGUCAGCUGGAGAAAGGAAAGUGUUGGGUCGAGGACGUGUUGAGCUUUGAUGUUUGUCUCCUUUGCAAUCGUUGGGAGAGUAGCAAAGACAGUCAGUCGCCAAUCACUGUGAUGAGAAACUGUAAUACUGACCCGCAACUGUGAGCCUGACCCUUCCCGAAUCGUGUCUCUUGUUUCACUUCCUUGUCUUUUUUUGUCAUGAUUUACUGUCUUAACUGUAAUUCAGAAGAAGCAAUAACUGCUUACAAAAGGAAAGGAUUGUUUGUGUGAGUGUGUUUGUGAGAGAGAGAGGAAUUUAGGAUCAUAGUUCAUGUUCUUCCAAAGCUCAGGCUUUCAAUCUGUUAAUCAAAGCUUUAGGCCACUCCUCACUCCACUCAGAAAUGAUGUCAGUACAUUAGUAUUCCACAUCUCAUCACUUUGCCUCUCUAGAAAAAAACAACAACUAUUAAGUUUUACACUAAGACAAAAUAUUGGUAUGACCUCAUACCAGCCAUCCCAUCUGCAAAGUGCCCAGUGUCUGUUUUUGUUAUUCAUCGGGGAAUGUUGGUAUGUUUAGUCAUAGCUUUUAAACCUUAAUGACAUUCAUAUGCACCUUGAAAGAAAUCCUAUUGAGUGUGUGUUUGCGUGCGAGAGUGUGUGUGAUUUCAAUAUCGCAUAUUCAGUCCUGGAUAUUACGACAUCAAAGUUGUGAUAAUAUCACAGGAAGUAAUAUUGCAAAUGGACAAAGAGCAAAAGCUCUCAGAUUAUAACUCUUGAUUCACAUAUAUUUUUUUAAGUUGAUUUACCUCAAUAAGCGUGCCAUCUCCCAUGAUAUCAAUUAUCUACAUGCAUUUAUUUCAAACAUUAUGUUAGACAUUGUAUGCUUUCUUAUGGAAAAAUAUGUCCGUCACAAAAACGUUGCAAUAAUCACUCAUCAAUAUGUGUUUGUUUUAGUACGGCUUCACAGCCAGAGAUGAUGAAUGUAAAGUCUUGGUAUAACGUAAAUCUUGUUACAAAGUAGUCAUCUGUGUUGGCUCUGUACUUUAGUAGAUGAUAGGGUAUUCACUCUGUUGUUUCAACUCAGUAUCUGCUGUUGAUCAUCAACAAUCAUUGCAAACAUACAUAGAAAUCAUGGAAGAGGAGUGAUUUAAAGACAGAAGCCUAAAAUGGGUUUUGGACAUUUUAACACAUAUCCCUUCAUCAGAUAUUAUUUCUAUUUUAUUGUCUUUUUUAAUAACCAUAAAAAGUUAGAUGUCAAUAGAGAUUACACAGCAGUGCAACGUUGUAUUACCCCUUAUGCACGGUUUGCUCUCUAAGGGCUCAUAAUUAUGGUAUGCUUGGGUUGGUUUCUGAAGCAGGGGCCAUUUAUAAAUCCACUGCUGAUGUCAGGGUUGGAGCUGGGGGUGCGGGGGCUCUGAUGAAAAGACAAUAAAAAAGGAGCAUUUUGAAGUUAAAUGGAAUUAUUGUGGGGAAACUUUUGGUGGCUCCGACGGAUAGUCUUUCAAGAUCACAAGCAUUUUUCCUCAACAGAACCUAUCCCUAGUCUAUUUCUGCCCCUCUUACCAAAUAUAAGACUGAGCCGAUUCUAAGGCUUCCACUUGGUGACAGUUUGAACGCAGUUUGAAAGGAGGAGUCCAACUAAGUGCAAGCAGAGGGAGGAGUGGUUACAUCGCAAACAUGAACAAUGGAAAGCCCUGCACUGAGGGACCACGGAGAUGAUGCCAUGCACCAAGUUCAUGCAAAAAUAUUAACUGUUGCAAAAACUAGAGAACACAUGUAUAUUCCUUUAGAAUGGAUUGAAGACAUUAUUAACGCAAUAGCAUAUUACUCAAUACUAAGGAAUGCAACUGCGCACAUGCACAGAAAAUGUUUUUAACAUAAAAAGGCUAUAUAUAUAUAUGAAAAUAUAUGAAAAUAUAUAUAUAUAUAUUUACUUAGAAUGCUAUGCACCCUUACUUGUCAACUGGGAUUCUAGUUAUGUUAUGGAUGUACUUUUAGCAUCAUACAGCUGUAGCUACCAAGAGACUGUUGAGUUCUGGGUAAUGCCUGCAACCUGGGGAUAAAAUAGGGGUCUUGUGGGUAUUUUAACCUUUUUUGUUCGCUUUUUUUUAUUGUUAUGGAGAGUGAAACAUGAAUUUAAAAUAUACAUGUAAAAGCCUUUUAAUCCAAUGAAAUCCGAGGACAUCUAUUGAAAAUUUACUCUGUACACCAGCUCAACAUUUACAAAAUUAAUAAAGAAAUGAAAUGUC